CGUGAUCAGAGAGAUACCCAUCUCUGCAGUUGCAUUUCCUCAUUGAUUUUCAGAAACAAAAUCGUAUCAGUCACACGAAAAACAAAUUAUUCUUUGGUUACUUGUGGUAUACGUAAGUAUAAUUGAUUAGAUGGUGGUGAUGUUGACGCAAGAAAUGAGUGGCGGUGGUGGUCCAAAGGCGGAAGAGGGUCAGUUGUUUGUGGCGGUGGCCGUGAAGGGUAUGAUCGGAGACAAAUUAGGCGGGGCAGGAAGCCGCCGUGCCGUACGGUGGGCCGUCGAUAAUCUUUUACCGAAGGCUGAUAGGUUCUUGUUGAUCCAUGUCAUCCCCACCAUUACUUCUAUUCCUACCCCAAACGGAGAGAGAUUGCCGGUGGAAGAAGUGGAGGAGAGUGUGGUGGAAAUGUAUGUAAGAGACGUUAAAAAAGAAUUUGAAACAGUCUUUGUUCCCUUCUUGAAAAUAUGCAAGACUAGUAGUAGUACCAAGUGUCAGGUAGAGACUCUGUUGCUAGAGUACGACGAUCCUGCAAAAGCACUUCUCAGAUUCAUAUCUAAAUCAGGAGUUAACAGUUUGGUUAUGGGAUCAUUUGCAUCAAAUAUAUUCACACGGAGAGCAAGAGGUCCAGGAGUACCAUUGACUGUCUUAAAAUACGCACCAGAAACAUGUGAAGUAUACAUUGUGUGUAAAGACAGAAUCACUACAAAAUCUAUGGAUCCAUUAAUCAACAGAGAGCCGUGCACAAGUCCAUUCGCAGCCGCGACUACCCAUGACUUCUUGAAAGACUGGGCGGCUAGUUUCCACACUCUACGGUCUCCAUCAUUAUCCGAGCCUCGACAGUCCACUGAGGCAGGCACGAGGAGGUCAGCAUCGGCAAGAGAGCUGAGAUUUGAGGCAUUAAGCCUCACUUGUAAUAAACCCAAAACGCCUCAAAGUAGUAAGGCUUCUAUUGAAACAAUUCCAGAGAUUAUUAGGCGGCGUGGAGGAUCCGAUAUUCCACAGCUAAAUUACUCAGAUUUUGAUCAAACAUGUACUAAACCCCAAUCAAAUCUUGAGAACAUCGUUAGCGAGCAUAGAGACUCUGAUCGUUCACCCCCGGGAACAUCAAGAAAAUCCAAGAAGGUUGAGAUUGAAUCAGAGGUCGAACGUUUGAAGAAGGAGCUACAAAGUACAGUCGCUAAAUAUAAACAAGCUUGUGAAGAGCUUUUCUCCACACAAAACAAGGUUCAAAUGCUUUCGACCGAAUGUUCGAAAGAAGCUAAAAGAGUGAACAAUGCCGUGGAGAAAGAAGAGUUGGAGAGGAAAACCGCGGCGCUGGAGAAAGAGCGGUACAUGAAGGCGGUGAAAGAGGUAGAAACCGCGAAAGCAUUGCUCGCAAGAGAGUUUUGUCAGCGACAGAUAGCGGAAGUCAAUGCUUUAAGGACUUACUUGGAGAAGAAGAAAGUGAUCGAUCAGCUUUUGGGAACUGAUCACCGGUAUAGAAAAUACUCAAUCGAGGAUAUUGUAACAGCCACAGAAGGAUUCUCGCCAGAGAAAGUGAUUGGCGAAGGAGGAUACGGAAAAGUUUACCGAUGUAGCCUUGAUAGUACUCCGGCAGCUGUUAAGGUUGUCCGGCUUGAUACGCCGGAGAAGAAACAGGAGUUCUUGAAAGAGGUUGAGGUUCUAAGCCAACUCCGACACCCACACGUGGUUCUUCUCCUCGGAGCUUGUCCGGAGAAUGGUUGUUUGGUUUACGAGUAUUUGGAAAAUGGAAGCCUCGAGGAAUUUAUAUUUCACCGCAAAAAUAAACCGCCUUUGCCUUGGUUUAUCCGGUUUAGGGUAAUUUUCGAGGUAGCUUGCGGUUUAGCCUUCUUACACAGCUCUAAACCGGAACCAAUUGUUCACCGUGAUCUAAAACCGGGAAACAUCUUGUUAAACCGGAACUACGUGAGCAAAAUUGCUGACGUUGGACUAGCCAAGCUGGUUACGGAUGUUGCACCGGAUAAUGUCACGAUGUACAAAAACUCGGUUCUUGCCGGUACAUUGCAUUAUAUUGAUCCGGAAUACCAUCGAACCGGAACGAUUAGACCAAAAUCGGAUCUUUACGCGUUCGGCAUAAUUAUUCUUCAGCUGUUGACGGCUCGUCAACCGAGCGGACUUGUACCAGCGGUCGAAAACGCGGUAAAGAAAGGGACGUUAACCGAAAUGCUAGAUAAAUCGGUUACUGAUUGGCCUUUGGCAGAAACCGAGGAAUUGGCUCGGAUCGGUUUGAAAUGUGCAGAAUUUCGAUGCCGAGAUAGACCGGAUCUUAAAUCAGAGGUUAUACCGGUUUUGAAACGGCUUGUGGAGACGGCAAAUUCGAAAAUAAAGAAAGAAGGAAGCAAUUUACGUGCACCGAGUCAUUACUUCUGUCCAAUCUUACGGGAGAUAAUGGAGGAGCCAGAGAUUGCUGCUGAUGGAUUCACGUACGAGAGGAAAGCGAUCUUAGCGUGGCUUGAGAGACACAACAUUUCACCAGUGACGCGACAAAAGCUCGACCACUUCAAGCUCACACCGAACCAUACACUCCGGUCUGCGAUUCGCGAUUGGAAAUCAAGAGUCCGGUUUUCUAAUGAUAUUGUUAAUAUAACUGGCUAAUAUUUCUCAUUGGAGUUUUUUUUGUAAAUUUUCUUUUAUUUGAAGUUGCAUUAUAUUUAGUUAUAUAUGCAUGUUAAUAUAUGGUUUGUAAAUUGUGAUAGACCAAAAAAUUUCGUUAUGUGGUUUGGAUUAUGUUUGUAAACCCAUAAAAAUGAAAAUUUUAGUUUGUU